UUUGGCCCUAAGUUGUUGAUUUAAAGAUAAGAAAAUUAAACAAACAUUUGAGCAAAGAGUACUUUGAUUGAUUUCAGUGUUCAUAAUAUAUUUAAUAAUAAAUUUAGGUACAGCUACUACUCGACUACCUCUCUUUUAAAAAAAGGCCAGUGAAUCCUCUAAUAUUGUAUCAAGGCCAUGUUUUUAUCUUGUAUACAAUAAAAUGUUGAGAAUAUUUUUAAAUGAUGUUAUGUUCAACUGACAAACGAUCAUUUGUUCAUUUGCUUUAGAACUAUAACUAAUGCAACACUGGUAGUAAAUUUUGGAUUCAUAAUCCUUGUUUCACAAUAAAAAUAUUGAUAAUAAAUUCUAAAUUAAUUUUUUUAAUAGGUCGAGUGAUUUAUUUUAUAAGUUAACUACUUGUUAAUACCAAUAAUAAUGGCUGUUUUUGCGUGGUGGAACAUAAUUAUAAGUAUUUGUUUAAUUGGUAAAAUAACAAGUUUAAGUGUUAUAAGUGACAUAAAUGAAUUCAUUAUCGAAGGAGAUACAGCAAUCAUGAAUUGUCGAUAUAAUUAUAAAAAAGACAAAGCUGUUCAUAAGAUAGAAUGGUUCAAGGAUGAUAAAUUAUUAUAUCGAUAUUCUCCGUGGAAUUCAACGAAUACUGAAGUGUUCAAUCACUUAAAUUUAAGCCUCGAAGUCAACAAAUCGGAUCCUCAGCGUCUAUUCAUAAAAAAUGUGACCCAAGAUUUUAGUGGUACAUAUAUGUGUUCAAUGAAAAGUGAAAGAAUUAGUUCAUCUGCGAGCGUUCCAAUGAUAGUUUUGCAAAAAGACAAUGCAGUUUUGAAAGUCGAAAAAACUUAUUAUUUAGUUGGUAAAAAGCUUCGGGCAAAAUGUAUAUCACCAACUACUUUGUUUCCAAUUAAUAUUACUUGGUUUGUAAACGACCAAGAGAUAUCUAAUAACAAACCAUUAACACUUCGUGUUCCUAAUGAGUUUAAGACAUAUUCGUCUUUAGAAUAUGACGUUUUAUCUACUAAUCAGUUGAAAAUACGUUGUGUAUUCAGUUAUUUUAAUAAAAUCCAUUCUGAUGUGGAAGUAGUUGUCAACAAAAAUAUUUAUGAUAUGAUGUCAUCUGUUAAUGAAGAAUUAUCUGAAGUAAAAUCAAUAGUUCAGAAAUUAAUUCUUGAUCAACAAAUUUCAAAAACUUGAAGAGAAAGUAUUAAAUAUUCACUCAUUUAUUUAUACUAAAUUACAAUAAUAGUUUAAAAUAAUUACACGUUUAUAAAAUAAAAAAUGUUAUUCAUUAUGUACUUUGUAUGAAAAAAUAUAAAUAAAGUUGAAAAAUAUGAAAAUUAAUUUAAAUUAUAUUAAAACUACAAUCAAUCCGAAAUUUUCUGAUAUUAUUAUACAGGUUUGAUAAAUUUUAAACCUGGAAGGGAGUUAUGAACAUGAUUAAUCCUAAUGUAAUAAUUAUAUCGAGAAUUUUUUUGUUAUUUCUUAUUGUAAUAAAUUUCUCAAUAUAUAUAUAUAAGUUUAUUUUCCGCAAGAGUCA